AACUGUUACCACCAUUGUGAUGAAUCAUUUAUCAGCAAUAAAACAACCGUCUGUUUCAUUCAGAUUACUGGAAACCAAACUCCACCCGGCUCCCCACCAUUCUUCGUCUCCACAUAACGACAAAGUCUGCGUCGGAGGAAUACGUUUUGAAAUCAGUGUUGAACGCAGCACAAAAAAGGGGACAGUGGAAGAUGUACUCGAAGAAGAGGUUUUAUUUGUCACGCGACGAUCACGUGCCGGGCAGAAGAGCAAUGUGGCGAGAAGCAUUCUUGACUUGGCAAGGAAAACUGUGAGGGGAUUUGGGCCCAAAGAUCUUAGAUAAUAGUAGAUAAUGGAUAAUCU